GAAACUUAUCAUUCCUAUGGCAGAGUUAGUGUUAUUUGUCGUCUUACUCUUCCUACCGAUCAAUGUGACUCCACCAAUAGCAGUAUGGUCAUAUGAGAAGCUGCUCUACCUAUCAUCACCCUUGCUUUCCGUGUUUGAAGCUAUACAUAUUGUGUUGUUCAUCAUGAAAGCAAGUCAAAUGGUUGUUGAUCAAAUGGAAGAACAGCCUAACUUAGUGAAGGUAUGGUGUAACUUGCUAGCCACUGUAAUUGCCCCUUAGUAAACAGGCUUUGGAUCUGAAAGAUUACCAGUCCUCCAGUUUAUAAAUGGAUACAAGAAUGUACUAAUUUGGUUUCAAUCCUUGAAAUUCCCGGCUAUGUAUAGUUAUAAGAUUGACCCAUUGAGUGGCAACAUUUUCAAAGUAAAAUCGUCUGGUGUUAGACAGAGUACUUAGAAUAAUAAAGUAGGGCACAUGUAUCAAGGCACAUUAAUUGUCACUUAAAUAGUUAACAGGAUGCAUGGAUUAACCUACUGAGUGGCAGGACUCUCCCCUUUAUGGGUAAAAUAAUUUGGCAUUAGACGGAGUAAAAUAAUAGAGUAGGGUGGAUCAGGGUGCAUUACUACUGAAAUGGUUAAAAUAUGCAUUGAUGAAAGUUAAUUGUCGAACUGUUUUCUAGUCUGUAAUCCUUGGUGUGGCCGCCUUGGCGUGUUUACUUGGCUCUCUUUUAUCUCGCUACAUUUACACAGUGUAUGCAAGCCAUUCUAUAAACAGGUGCGUGUUUGCGUGUAAAUUUUUAAAAUAAAUUAUUCUGGAUUCACUCCUCGAGGUCCAAUAAUUGCCAUAUUACCUUAUUGCUCCAGGAUAAAUUACCUGGAGAAAACCAGAGGUGUUUGGGAGAGUCAAACUGGAAGCCUGUUCUCACAUGAGGUGAAAUUAUAAUCAGACAACCAUGUCUUGCUUGACAAAUUUCACAAUCAUGCUACUAUCCCAGAGUGCAUUCCAUGCAUGUUUUGUGGAAGAUCUUCGGCGUGAGUUUUGAAUUGUUGGCGCACAAUCACAUCGAGGUUGGCGCACAAAGUUUUGAGUUUUGGUGGUUGGCGCAGCAUUAAAUGUUUAAAUGAGACUUUGAGUAUUAAUAAUCGCCUUGUGAUUGGAUUGGCCUUUAUAAUUCUUUAGGGACUCGAUGAACUUGUGUUCCUGGUCAGUGUAAUAUUACUAAAUGGUGGUUAUAACUUGUGAUACAACAGUAACAACACUCAUCAUUGCUCAUCAGCAAAACAUCUUAUUCAUCAAUUACACGCCUUUUUAGCAAGUUUUAAUUUUGAAAAACUAACUGUUAAUGAAAAAUCAUGGUGCGCACGAUCAGCCGGCGCACAAGUUGACGUCACUUGGCGCACGGCAACACUACCUCAGAUUAUCUUCGGCGUGAAGUUUACACGGAAUGCACCCUGGCUACUAUCUCAUUUUGUCUCUAUUAUAUUUUUGUUUUUGUAACUACCUUUCUAAAUCCCAACAAUGGACUUAAUAAGGUACUUAAUUAAUUGGUACCACCCCCCCCCCCUUACACCCCUCCUUACCAAAGCUAAGGAAGAGGGGUGUGAACACCCCCUGCACUCCCCCAGUUUAUCUAUUCCUGAAUUAUUUUCUAUUUCUUUCAGGAUUAUCGAGGUUCUUGUUGUCACAAGUUUAAUUUUGCUCGUUCUGAGCUUGGUCAAAGAUGAAGGUCACUCAGUUAUAUUUUCAUUUUCUAAAUAUCACAGUUGAAUAAAAUCCUACAUAAGCUUGAUUUUAACACUUAGAUUUUCACAUUAUUUAGGCAUCAUAAGUGAAGUUCCGUGCAUAUUUUUUGUGAUGAUGUGCAUUGUUUGGGCGUUGGCAAAGGAAAGUGCCAUGAGCAAAAAACAGAUAGAACCUCCAUCUAUGUGGCUCAAGUAUGUCUUUUAACACUGUCUAAGAUAU